ACCCGAACCUGAACCUGGUGCCGUCUCCCAAUCAAUAGAAGCACGACCCUUCCUUCCCCGCUAGGUUUAUUUUAUUCUCCUUUGCGGUUUCUGGAUUCUUUGGUACAUUCCUUCUCUUCAAUUCAAUUUUCUUCUUUAUAUUCCUCCCCAACUUCACAAAGCCCCUUUGUUUCUAAACCAUAUUUUUUCCCAAUCAAAAAAGUUCAUUCACGAUGACUGCUGGCCAGAAAUCUGUUCAGAGCAAUGAAUCUAUUCCUGAUCUUGCUCCUUUGGAAGCAGUAUUGUUUGAUGUUGAUGGAACAUUGUGCGACUCGGAUCCUAUCCACCACCAUGCCUUUCGUGAUAUGCUCCUAGAGAUUGGUUUCAACAAUGGAGUUCCAAUUGAUGAAGAAUUCUUUAUAAAAAAUAUUGCUGGGAGGCACAAUACCGAUAUUGCUGCUACCCUAUUCCCCGAUGAUCUACCGAGGGGCGAAAAGUUCUUGGAUGAUAAGGAAGCUAUGUUUCGGAGGUUGGCCUCGGAGAACUUACCACCUUUAAAGGGCUUGUAUAAACUGACAAAAUGGAUAGAAGAUCGUGGGUUGAAGAGAGCUGCUGUUACUAAUGCUCCGAGACUAAACGCUGAACUCAUGAUUUCGAAACUCGGCCUCAAAGAUUUCUUCAAUGUUGUUAUUGUAGGGAGCGAGUGCGAGCAUGCCAAACCUUACCCGGACCCUUACUUGAAGGCACUUGAACUUCUGAAAGUGUCGAAGGAUCACACAUUUAUAUGUGAGGACUCUGCAUCAGGGAUAAGAGCAGGAGUUGCAGCUGGGGUGCCUGUUGUGGGGUUGACAACCAGAAAUCCUGAAAAUGUACUUACGGAAGCAAAUCCUACUCUGCUCAUAAAGGAUUACGAGGAUCCGAAGUUAUGGGCGGCCUUAGAGGAGCUUGAUAAGAAGGCAGAUUCUUUGAAAUCAGCAGUUUGAGCUUAAAUGCCAUAGCAGUUUAGGAGGUUUUACUCUAUUUGCAUAAUAAUUCUGUAGGAGAGGUCAAAACCCUUCCCGCUGUACCCAAAUUAUAUUUGAUAAGCAAUACUCAAGAUGGGAUUGAAUACUUUCAUUGCUCGAUUUCAUUCCAUGA